AUGGAUCGCCUAUUAAACGACGCACCACCCGAGGACGCAAAUGACGAGAUUGUCAUCAAAAGCGAAGUCACUCUCGCACCGAGUGCACUCAGUCCCAGCACCUCAGCUGCAAGUCUCGGUUUGCGCAUGCUUUCGAUGUCUGCCGCCGCGUCCUCCUUGAGAAACCAUCCGUCGGUUCCUCCGCGUCUUCCGCCUAUUAGUUUAUUGACGUCUGCAGCCGCGACUAUGCGGCCCACACAGUACCAGUCAAUACACAUGCGUGCACCGCCACAGAAGCAGUUCGAAACGUCUUUACCACCUGCUUCUGCUUGUCAGGGCACUCUCAUAGAUAUGAUGUGUCGCUAUCGCAACAAAAAAUGCGGAUAUCCACGCGCUAUUAAACGCAAUGGCGAGCGUCAUAAUCUAUGUGAACGCCAUCGUGCCAAGGCCAAUCAGAAUCAGCGCAAGCUUGAAAGUAAACGGCGUACACAAAAGCGCAUGAUGCAACGGACACACUCCAUCGGGAUUGCAAAGACUACCAAACUUGACGCACUAAGUGAGAUCAAUUGUACAUUUUACAGCGGCAUGAGGACAACUGGGUGUUAA